CUGAGACCUCAUUGUCAAUUCACAGCAACCGCGGCCCGCGCCAGGGAGAAGACUCCACGACGUACGCACCCUGACACUUCGGUCGCAUAGGACGCUCCCACACUUUAGCACCACCACCUGCCCGACGCAGCGCCGCAGCGCGCCAUGGACGACUUCAACAGUGACACCGACAGCGACUACACAAGUUACUGGCGCGACUGGUUUAUAUCGUCACGAGGGAACGAGUACUUCUGCGAAAUCGAUGAAGAGUACCUCACCGACCGCUUCAACCUCACGGGGCUGAACACAGAGGUCCAAUACUACCAAUAUGCCCUCGACCUAGUCACAGACGUCUUCGACUUCGACUGCGACGAUGAGAUGCGCGAACAGAUUGAGAAGUCGGCGCGACACCUCUACGGCCUGGUACACGCACGAUAUAUUGUAACAACAAGGGGGUUGGCAAAGAUGCUCGAGAAGUUCAAGAAGUCAGAUUUCGGCAAAUGUCCACGCGUCAUGUGCGAAUCCCAACCGCUCCUGCCCAUGGGCCAGUCCGACGUCGCCAACACGUCGCCCGUCAAGCUGUACUGCUCGCGCUGCGAAGACCUCUACAACCCAAAGUCCUCGCGACACGCCGUCAUCGACGGCGCCUACUUCGGCACCUCCUUCCACAACAUCCUCUUCCAGGUCUACCCUGCGAUGCUGCCCCCCAAGACACAACGACGCUACGAGCCGCGCGUGUUCGGCUUCAAAGUGCACGCCGCCGCGGCGCUGUCGCGAUGGCAGGGCGACCAGCGAGACGCAAUGAAGGACCGGCUGAAGACGCUGAAGAUCGAGACAGGGUUCGAGGAGGAGGACGAGGAGCUGGACGAGGACGACGAAGAGGACGAGGAGAUGGAGGGCGGCGAGGGGUUUCAGGUACCGCGCGAAUAGCACUCAGGGCACCACGGGCCGGCCUGGCAUUUUAGAUAUCACGAGACGGGACGGAAGGGCCGGGAGCAUCCAGCAUUGGGCAGGCGAUAGGCGUACUGGCUGAAUUGGCCGGCUUGACACAAUAUUACAAUGCAUCAUCUACACGCCAUGGAUCAGCACCAGCGAUUGCGCUUUGCGUGCGAGACAUCCGUGUUGAUCAACACCGUGCCGCCAGAAACGGACAGAGCUGCAUGACACCCGGUCUCGAAGAGCCAACAGCAGACGCCCACGACAACCCCCCCAAACGGCGCCCAACAACACAUCGCGGCCCGGCAGUGACUAGCCAGCACCCAGUGUGUACGUACAUACAAAGUACACUCGCGCGCAAGAAGAA